AACAAUAGCGGGAGGAGCAGGCCAGAGAAUACCGGGGACCUAAGGCUGAACCCUAUAGUAAACUUAGAGACGCGGGGAGGGGUGUAGUUAAUCACCGGGGGAAAUAAGAAAAUACGGAACCCGAGAGAGGCAGCACCAUGGCGGAUAAAGAGGCUGCGUUUGAUGAUGCAGUUGAGGAGCGGGUGAUAAACGAAGAAUACAAAAUCUGGAAGAAGAAUACUCCCUUUUUGUAUGACUUGGUUAUGACACAUGCCUUAGAGUGGCCUAGUCUGACAGCUCAGUGGCUCCCAGAUGUCUCCAGACCUGAUGGAAAAGAUUUUAGCAUCCACCGAUUGGUACUCGGAACUCACACAUCAGAUGAACAGAAUCACCUUGUGAUCGCAAGUGUGCAACUUCCAAAUGAUGAUGCACAAUUUGAUGCGUCUCACUACGACAGUGAAAAAGGAGAGUUUGGAGGUUUUGGUUCUGUCAGUGGAAAAAUAGAGAUUGAGAUCAAAAUAAACCAUGAGGGUGAGGUGAAUAGAGCACGCUACAUGCCACAGAACCCCUGCAUCAUUGCUACAAAGACUCCCUCUAGUGAUGUUCUUGUAUUUGACUACACAAAACACCCAUCUAAACCAGAUCCGUCAGGGGAGUGUAACCCAGAUCUGCGGCUUCGAGGCCAUCAGAAAGAGGGUUACGGAUUAUCUUGGAACCCGAACCUUAGUGGUAACCUGCUCAGUGCUUCGGAUGACCAUACUAUCUGUCUGUGGGACAUCAGUGCUGUGCCCAAGGAGGGUAAGGUAGUGGAUGCUAAAACAAUCUUCACAGGACACACUGCAGUAGUGGAGGAUGUCUCGUGGCAUUUACUCCAUGAGUCUCUAUUUGGAUCAGUAGCAGAUGACCAGAAAUUAAUGAUUUGGGACACCCGCUCAAACAACACAUCAAAGCCCAGCCAUUCUGUUGAUGCUCAUACAGCUGAGGUGAACUGCCUUUCUUUCAACCCUUACAGUGAAUUCAUCUUGGCCACCGGAUCAGCAGACAAGACAGUUGCAUUGUGGGACCUGCGCAAUUUGAAAUUAAAGCUGCAUUCAUUUGAGUCUCACAAGGAUGAGAUUUUCCAGGUUCAGUGGUCUCCACAUAAUGAAACCAUCUUGGCUUCCAGUGGUACUGAUCGCAGGCUUAAUGUCUGGGAUUUAAGUAAAAUUGGAGAAGAACAGUCUCCAGAGGAUGCAGAAGAUGGUCCUCCCGAAUUAUUGUUCAUUCAUGGUGGUCAUACAGCAAAGAUCUCAGACUUCUCUUGGAACCCUAAUGAGCCAUGGGUGAUCUGCUCUGUAUCAGAGGAUAACAUCAUGCAGGUCUGGCAGAUGGCCGAGAACAUUUAUAAUGAUGAAGAAACAGAAGGCAGUGUGGACCCAGAGGGGCAGGGAUCCUAGUAGCUUAAAAGUCAACAAUGUUCUGGAUACUGUGUCGUCUUCAUCAAGCACUUGGACUUUGGCUAUUCUGGGCCUAUAAUAGGCUCCACAUUUUCCCCUGCUGUCUGUAAUCUCUUACUGGCAUUAGUAAGGGAUCCCUCCAUUUUUAUUAUAUAUAAAUAUUUUAUAUAAGAAUAUUUGUUUUUAAAAAAAAA